UCCCCGAUGGCAACCGCCACCGCCGCAACCGCCCCUUCCACCUCCUCGUCACUCCUCCUCUGCCGACCCCUCCCUCCAAAUUCCACAGCCGCGUACUGCCUCGCGCCACCACGGUGCCGCGCGUGCCUCCGCACCGCGCGCCAGGUUGCCGUCAGCAGCGUGUCCCCAUCCCCAUCCCCGUCCCCCGACGUGGCGGAUGAGGAGGCCACGGCCGCGCCCAAGCUCGGCAAGCGCGUGCGCGUCAUGACGCCGGUCCGCGUCUACCACGUCCCCAAGGCGCCGAACCUGGACCUCCGCGGCAUGGAAGGUGUGGUCAAGCAGUAUGUCGGUGUGUGGAAGGGCAAGCGCAUCACGGCCAAUCGCCCUUUCUCCGACUGGUCAAGCAGUACCCCUUUGUAUGGCUACGGUCAGUAUUUGUCUGUAAUUAAACCUCUUCUCCUUGAUCAAUGA